AAAUUCGCAAAGCAAUUCUUCCCAUUCUUUAAUUCUUUCAAUUGCUUUCUGAGACUUUCUACGCCGUCCUCUGUUUCUCCGCAAACAUGACCACCGGCGGCAAAGCAUCCAAUUCCAGGCGACGCGACUGGCCUCAGUUGCCCGACGUGCUUCUCGAUUGCAUCAUGCCUCGCCUCACCAAACUAAGAGAUGUCGUCAGCUUCCAAGCCGUCUGCAAGCCGUGGCGACAAGCCGCCGCCGUCCUCGCCCUGGAAAACAAUCGACCUCCCGGAAAAUUCCGCCAAACCCUGCCGUGGCUCAUGUGGCGGUGCAAAUCCAAGGAUUGCCACCGCCAUCGUCCCGGCUGCCACUGCUUCUUCGAUGUGACGGCGGAACACAACAACACCCUCGUUUGCCGCCACAUGAAUGUAGCUGGAGACGGCCCAUCGGCGUAUGGACGACAUACUACCCCGUCAACCUUCGGUUGGCUUCUAAGGGCAACCGAGCAGCAGCAGCGUUCCCUGUUCUUGUUCAACCCUUUCACCGGUAAUCAGAUCCCUCUUCCAGCGCAGGAUGAUCGGUCCUCCCCCGAGUGGAGAUCGCACGUUUGGGCCUUUGCAAUGUCGGCUGAGCCGACGAAAACAGAGGAGGAGGUAUGCAUCUUGAUGAUAUGCUAUGUCAUCACCACCGAUAGAAAACAACACCGCUAUGUCCCAUCAUUCUGCAAGAUUGGGGAACCGCGAUGGAGGCCGAUCCAUUUGGCCGCGGAGGUCCACGAAUGCAAGCUCAGCGGGAUAAUGGACAUGGUGUUCUGGAGGGGUAGAUUUCACUGCGUUUGUUUAGGUGGAGACAUUCUGGUUUGUGAUCUCUCCGCUGGGAUCAUCUCAUGGGGUUUUCGUCCUCAAGUGCCUAUUUUCCGGGGACGUGAGCAAAUGCACCACAGAUGCUACUUAUUGGUAAGUCCGGGGGAGGAGGAGUUGAUGUUGGUUGUCAAGACAGAUGACCUUAGUGGGUAUGAUCAGAAUCAGCUCUAUAAGUUCAAGGUUUGCAAGAUCGAUGUCGACGGGAAGAGGUGGGACGAGGUCGCUAAUACAGGCGAUUACGCAGUGUUCGUAGAUAGUUGGAAGGCUGUUUGUGUCUCUGCUAAAGACCAUCCGGAGUGCAGGAGGAAUUGCGUCUAUCACCAGACAGGUAUAUAUGAUCUCGGCAUCAAGAAAAACGUUCCGUUUUUUCCUUUUACAGAGGAAGAGGAUCAUGAUCUAAUAGUGCCUGCCGGAUGGAUUCUGCCAUCUAAUUAUUAGUUGUUUGGGGGGGGGGGGGUUGGAGAGUUGAAAUGUACUAUUUCUGAGUACUUUUGAUCACUUUAUACGUCUGUAUUUACUUUCAUUUGUAGACCUAGAUACGAAGAAAAAUUAGUGUAUGAUGCCAAUUGCAAGUAUUUCGAUUCUAACACUCAUUGGAAGUUUGGCUGUGUAAAUUUUCCAUAUUUCUAGUAUACAUGAGGUUAUCACGAAUUCAUUAGUUUGUACUAUCGAUUGUUGCUUAUUAUCGUUUGAAUGGUUUUGAGGGUUGCAUUAGAAGAUACUAGCAAUGACCCGCUCGCUACGCUUCGCAAUUCACAAAUGAGCAAGAAUAAAAUAUUAAGUCGAAA